AAUGAUUAUUUUAUUUCAUGUUUAAUUACUCGUAAAUACAGAUGAAAACAAUUAUAUUUAUUGUAAAAUACCGACUGAGAACUUUCCUUCGGAACCGUUUCUUGUUCCAGUCCAGACAUUUAAAAAGUAGCGCUGUCGUGAUUAGCGACAAGGAAACGGUUUAAAUGACCACAUGGACACAGAGGAAACAGGGUUCAUUUUCCGGUACCAGCGCUGUCAACUUUUCUACAUAACUUUUAUUCACAUUUAUAACGUCCAUACAAACACUUACGGUCAUCCCGGAUAUGAACGCGCUGAGGAGGUUAAAUCUGCGGAAGCUCCGAACCUGGAGAGAUGGAACGUUCCGUGAAUUGCAUGGGUCAGUGUCCGUGUCAACCUUUGACCUGAGAAAAGUUGAACUGAUGCCACUGGAACAACGAAAACUGACCUUUGACUCCCACACCAUGGUGACAGAGUUGAGCCUCAGCGGUUUCACGAAGCAACAGGCCGAGCUCAUCGUCUCCGCCCUGGUCACGCUGACCACGGCCAACAUGGACAUCGUUUACAAGGACAUGGUCACUAAGUCUCACCAGGAGAUCGCUGUGCAGCAGAUCAUGGCUCAUCUGGACUCCAUCAGGAAGGACAUGGUGAUCCUGGAGAAGAGCGAUUUUGCAAACCUGCGCUCAGAAAACACGAAGAUGAAGCGAGAGCUGGAGCAGCUCCAGAGGAGACUGAAGGAGGAGAGUGAAAAAGUCCAAGCUGAAACAAAACUAGACAUCAACCUGGAGAGCAGCAGGAUCUUUGAUAUGUUCACUGAACAGGAAAAAAGGUUGAUGGAGGUCAUGACAGAGUUUCACCACAAGAAAGUGGACCUGGAAAAUGACAACAUGGAGAUCACUAAGAAGAUCGACCUGCAGGUGGCGUCACUCAAAACUCUGUUGGAAUCUCUGAAACUGGAGACGGUCAUUUACCUGGCAGGUACACACACACACACACACACACACACAGUGAAGGAGCUGAUCAGCUGCUGUGCUUCAGGACAUUUGUCUUUGUCUUUGUCCUCCUCAGGGGGAAAGUUCUCCUGCCUGGUCACCGCUCUGGUCGUUUACAGAUUCUGGAGGUGAUGAAAGGACAAAUGUACCUGGACUGAAACAGUACCAGACCAGACAAGGACCAGGACUGAAAAAAAGGAAAACCAUGGAACUGGACCCUUCACUUUCCCUUUACUGUGUAUGACGGGUGAUAUAGUGCCCCCUGCUGGUGUGUAGCGAAGCUCAUUUCAUGAAAUAAUAAAAUCCUUUGUCAGGAAAGUGA